GCCGCGGUGCCGGGGGCGGCGGACGGGGCAGGGCGGGAGCCGGGCAGCGCGGGGCAGCGCCAUGGGGCUGGAGACGGAGAAGGCGGACACCCGCAUCUUCAUGGACGACGACAACUUCCCGCCGGGCGGCCCCGAGCCGUCCGAAGCGGAGAAGUGCCCGGAGGACGCGCUGGAGCGGGACCCCCGCGGGCUGAACGCCCACCUCCAGCUGGGCUUCGAGGACGUGAUCGCCGAGCCCGAGCUCACCCACUCCUUCGACAAGGUGUGGAUCUGCAGCCACGCGCUGUUCGAGCUCAGCAAGUACGUGCUGUACAAGCUGCUGAGCCUGCUGCUCGCCGUGCCGCUGGCCCUGGUGUUGGGGAUCGUCUUCGCGGCGCUCAGCUGCCUGCACAUCUGGAUUGUGGUGCCUUUUGUGAGAACCUGUCUCAUGGUCUUGCCUUCAGUGCAAACCAUAUGGAAGAGCCUGACAGAUGUUUUCGUUGCACCAUUCUUUCAUAGCGUAGGCCGAUGCUUUGCCAUGGUUAAUAUACAUCUGGAUCAAGAGUAACUGUCAGGGUUGCAACACUGCUGUAAUUGUAGAUGGUGUUAUACCUCUUUCUAAUGUAACAUGCAAGCACUUACCAUUCAUUCCAACCUGUUAAGAUGAUAAUGGCUGGUUAAGUGGGAACAUGCUAUUAUUCUAAAACUCAUUUAUUUUCAGGGAAUGAAUUUAAGACUAAGUAGGCAGUUUUCAUAUCUAACUAUUUUAACAGCAGAAUAAACGUGGAGUAUGUUGGCAACACUUUAUUUUAAUGGUACGUUGAUUGCUGGAUUACAGAAAAAAUCUCUUAAAGGUUUAAUUGCCACCAUUGUGAUGACUAUUGGCAUUAUUACAAGAAAUAUUUAAAUUAGUAGGCUGAGAUACUCUGGGUGAGAAUGAUCUCUGGGGUUUCAAAUUGACUUCACUGCAAUUCCUACAGGGAUCAUUUUUGGCUCUCACUAUGCUAGAUGAUGUUGUCAGCCCAUUAUUAUCUGCAUUUAAAAAGAAGGGCACGAUGCAUAAGCAUACGGAGAAGUUAACUCUUCCAUAAUUCUCCUGUAUUGGGGAAAAAGCUCCCUAGAAGGUUAUCCCUUAAAAUAAGGUGUUACCUAAUGAUUUGGACUAUCAGCUAAUCUGUAUAUUUUAUUUAAUAAGAGGUUAACUUUGCUGUAUAUUUUGUACCUUUGUAAAUGGCACUUGGUGAGCUUUCUUUGAAGCAUUAUUUCUAUGGUAUUUGAACUCUAACAAACUUACUAGGCAACAAGAGUGAGAAACUGCAAAAAAAAUGACUUAAACUAAAAUUUCAAUGUAUAAACUAUGCAGAUUUUUAAGCAUUGCUGUGCAAUUGUAGGAUAUCCAUUAUAUAUAUAGUUGUGUGCAACAGAAAAGAGUAUUUUUAACACAAGACUAUGCAAAAGAGCUGGAAAUACCUGUUUAUGAGAAGUGUUUUGGUUUUUUUUUUAAUUAAAAAUGGAAAGUAGUAAAUGCAACCCUGCCUAAUUCUGUGUGUUAUCUGUGUGGACAUUGUGAUAUUUAAAAUGAUGGAUGCUACGCUGGCACUUUAACUAAGUAACAAGCUAUUAAAUAAGUCAAGUGGGUGUAAUUGGUAUCCUUGUCUAACUCCUUGUCUACUAACUUGACUCUCUAUGUUGCUUAUUCUACUUUAAAGCCUAACCCAUAACAAAGCCCUUUUUCUGUCUGCACCUAAUACAGCUUGUAAAGCAGAGUAACAGAACAUAUGCAGAGGUACAGUGAAGUUACAUUAGCCUUCUAAUGGGUUUAUGCUGCUGUUUUUUCCUGCUGUUGUAAAUGUUUGUAUGAUUUAGAAUUUUAUUUUCUAAAAUGGUGUCACAGAUUUCUUAUCAAAAAGGACAUAUAAUAAAAUAAUAAAAAAAUCA